AUGAGUCUGAAGCGGCCUGCAAGAGUGGAGUGGCAGGAUGUUGGGAGGGAGCAAAAAAGGAGCAGAAGGUUAGGAAAAAAGAAGAUACAAACCUUGCCUUCCCGCAAAAAGCUAACUAGAGGUGGCAGAUCGAGCCGUGGUGGCAGUAAAGGAAAAGGGAGAUCACUUUCAAUUAAACCAAACAAGAGAGCGGGAGGGGUGGUGAUAAAGGAAAUCCAAGCCGCCCAGAAUGAAAACGGAGACCAAGAUGAUGGACUCAUGGAAGUCGCUGUGGAAGCCUGCUAUGAAUUCGAGAGUGCCCUCCCGGGGCGGUGGUGGCUGGCCCUCAACAGCCACAAAAUCGUCAUGAUACACCUUCUAUGGAACUAUCAGGGCUUGGAUCUGAACCUGACAGUCCAGCACCUGGGAACCAUCACUAGGAAAUAUCGGCCCUCCAUUGUCUUUCUCAUAGAAACCAAAAUGAAAGACAAUGCAAUAAAUGUAAUAAGACAAAAGUUGGGUUAUCGAAAUUCUUUCAAUUUUGAUCCGGAUGGUAUUGCUGGCGGUUUGAGUCUAUGGUGGAAUGAUGAUUUGGAUAUCCAAAUCCUUUCUUCAUCUAAGAAUGUUAUUGAUACGGCAAUCAUUAGUAGGAAUGGUGAUUGCCCAAAGCGUGAUUUCAACGAAAUUUUAUGGGGUUUUGAAAAGAGUGGAGGUCACGAGACGUCUCUUUAUAGGCCUCAGUACUUGAUGAAUUUUAUGGAUAAAAUUGGGUUAAUUGAUCUUGGGUUCCAAGGCCAAAGUUUCACUUGGAGAAAAAAUAGAUCCGAAAGGGGUUUAGUGCAAGAACAGUUAGACAGGGACCUGAUUAAUUGUAGUUGGCAGGAAGCUUGGCCAAACUCUACUGUUACUCAUUGCCCAGCUGUGGGAUCAGACCAUUGUCCUCUUGUGAUUGACUCGAGCCCGAUCCUGAAAAAGCAUGACAGUAAGGAGAUAGUUCGGAAAAAUUGGCAUGAGGCUAUCGCUAGAAGGAAUUGGCAGAUUGACAAAUGGUGCUUAGGCCUUAAGUGGUGUAGAAAGGGCCUUCAAAAAUGGAGCAAAGAAAAGUUUCCAAACAACAACAAGUGUAUAUGGGAGCUCAUGGAGGCUCUCUCUAAGCUGCAAAUGGAUUGGGAAGUCAAUUAUCCCCUCAUUGAACCAGUUAAGUUGGAAUUGGCUAAGUUUGGUCCUAUGAAGAGAAAGGAUGGAGAGUCAAACACAACUUUCUUCCAUCACUCCACCAUCCAAAGGCGUAGAGACAACCGUAUCUGCAAGCUGAAACUAGACAGUGGGAUUUGGGUUGAAAAUGAGGUUGAUAUCCGAAGAACUAUUGAUGGUCAUUUUCAUGGGCUAUUCACUACUGGUGGUCAUCGGGAACUCCAGCAUGUUCUAGCGAACAUAAAGAGGGUGGAUGAAGAGAUUGAUAUUGCUACAAAAGAGAUAGGGGCGUUGAAAUCCCUUGGCCCUGAUGGGUUUCAAGGCUUAUUCUACCAUACAUACUGGGUGUUGAUCCGUAAUGAAGUUCGAGGUGCGGUUCAUGAGUUUUUCAGAGGGGAAGUGGCAUUGGAUAAAUUUAAUAGCACAAACAUCGCCCUUAUCCCAAAGGUCCCAAACCCAGAAGUUGUGAGCCAUUUCUGCCCUAUCAGUUGCUGUAAUUUCUCAUACAAGAUUUUUGCCAAGGUCUUAGCCAAUCGGUUCAAGCCCAUACUUGAGCAAGUUAUUACCCACCAUCAGAGUGCUUUUAUGCCCAAUCGACAAAUUCAAGACAAUGUGAUUAUGCUCAUGAGGUUUUUCAUCACCUAA